AAUAAUAGUAGGCCGUGAUCCUGAUACGAGAAUCGCAUGCACUUAUUAACGGAAAAAUGAUGGUUAUCGAUUCUUUUCUCGACACGCGACAAUAACCAGGAAAGGUUCAAAGUUCAGUAGCCAAGUAUAAGUGCACGAAAUGGCAUCGAGCACAAUCGAACAAAAAUUGUACGUCCUACAAGAAAAACUCAAAGAAACCGACUCGAACUUGUCGGUCUGCAUCGUCCUGUUACAACAGUACUUGAGACACGAACGACAUAAUUCUCUAUUGGUAACUAUUACAUAAAACGUGCGGAUAUUAAAUUACCCAUUACGCGAUUAUUAUUGCAAAGGCGGCUGUUGUAGAAAAAUCGAGCGUCAGAUAACACAGCGCGGACAAUCUCUCCCCACGAUUUUACCCUUUCCGUCUGCCUACGGCACAUUCGGUUUUGAUUCAAUAUAAAUACGGUCUUUUGUGAAUUGUAACAGUGCAGUGUUCGGUUUGUUUUCAACAACUACGCCAUCUACCAACAAUAAAAAAAUGAAAUUUUUGAUUGCUUUCUUCGCUCUCGUAGCUGUAGCCAUGGCCUUCCCUGGCGGCCAUCUUGGCGGUGGCGGCCAUCUUGGCGGUGGUGAAGUCCAUCUUGCCACCCCCAUUAUCCACGGCCACCCAGUUGUUACCAGAGUCUUCGAAACUCCCGGCAUCGGCAUCUUCCACAACUACGCACCCAAAAUCGAAGGUCACUUGGUCACCAGAGGAUUCGGACCUCAUAUUUACAAUCACGGACACGGCCAUCAUUAGAGUUUGACAAUUGACAGUUGACGUCCAUUUAAAAAAAAAAAAUAAUGCCAAUUAAAUCCAGUGUGUUGUGUUCACCCAGCUUAGUUACGUAACCAAUUGUUUUUCAAUUUUUGUUGUGAUGAUCUUAGGUUUUAAUAAAUUAUUUAUAUUUUUUAUA